CGUUAAAUAUUCCAAACCACCAUCAAUUCACCCUCAUCAUCUAAUUGGACAUUAUGAAGUCUUCCCUUGCUCUUUUGGUAUUUGCUGUUGUCCUCUGUGCCACUGCAAAAGUUAGUGCCUAUGGCGGUGGUGGUGGUGGCGGCGGUGCCGGUGCUCUCGGUGGCGGCGGCGGUGGUGGUCUUACCUUACCUGCUCCACCCUGUCCCAAAAAUUACCUCUUCAGUUGUCAACCAAAUCUCGCACCCGCUCCCUGUUCUUCAAGCGGUGCUUAUGGAGCUGGAGGUGGCUACGGAUCUGCUGGUGCCUAUUCUGAAAAUUAUCCAACCGUUGUAAGUGCCCCCUAUGCCGCCUAUCCUGCCGCUGUUCCAGCAUACUUGCCAUACCAUAAUUUCUAUGGAAAUGGGAUCUAAAUUAAUUGGAAUUGUAAUUAUAGAAUACUGGAUUUUCGUGAUAUUGAAUAUUUUUGAAAUA